UCGCAGUAUGUUCCUAAUCUGAUUAUAAGCGUUUACAUUUAGCGGUGAAUUUGAGCGACACAGUUAAUCGUCGGUUAAUUGUCGCCGUUGCCCCACCCAACUGUACACAGCGCGCUUUCAAAUAAACCCGACAAUAAAGCUCCAUAAAACCACUAUCAUUCACUAUUAUACGCGAUAAUACGCACGGAAAGCGGGCGUUUUGGACGCGUUCACAGUCGGGUCGGUGAACACGCGUCGUCAGGAGCUGCAGCGUCCAUAAACCCCCACCUACAAGAGCACCAGACGAGAGCUGCGCUUACAUCCGAGAUGGCUAAAGCAGACCAACGCUUCGGGCAGAGAGAUGGAUCUGAUCAGAACUUUGACUACAUGUUCAAACUCCUGAUCAUUGGCAACAGUAGUGUAGGGAAGACCAGCUUUUUAUUCAGAUACGCAGACGACUCCUUUAGCAACUCUUUCGUCAGCACAGUCGGCAUCGACUUUAAGGUGAAGACCGUUUACAGGAACGACAAAAGAGUGAAGCUCCAAAUAUGGGACACAGCGGGACAGGAGCGGUAUAGAACUAUUACAACAGCUUACUAUAGAGGAGCCAUGGGCUUCAUCCUCAUGUACGACAUCACAAAUGAAGAGUCCUUCAAUGCAGUUCAGGACUGGGCAACACAGAUUAAGACCUAUUCAUGGGAUAAUGCUCAGGUGAUAUUAGUGGGGAAUAAAUGUGACAUGGAUGAGGAAAGAGUGGUGCCUUUUGAGAAGGGGAAACACUUGGCCGACCAGUUAGGGUUUGAGUACUAUGAAGCCAGCGCCAAGGAGAACAUCAACGUCAGACAAGUAUUCGAGCGCUUAGUUGACAUUAUCUGCGUGAAGAUGUCUGAAAGAGUCGAUACGGAGCCAUCCAUGGUCACCGGUGCCAAAACCACCCGGCUAACCGAUAAGCCGCCCCAGCUACCUCAAAAUUGUUGCUGAUUUACAUCUCAACUCAUAUGCCAACUUAGCAGCAGCGGAUCCGAUGUUGUUUGGUUUGAUGUUAUGUUAUAUGGCGAUUGGAACCAAUCUGGGGUGCGUUUCGUAUUAUGAUGCUUCGUUAGAAAAAUUAACUAGCUAGUGACGACUGUUUCUGAAAAUCGUAGUAACAUGGUCGCAGCUUCUACAUUUAAACAUGUUGGUACAACAAUAUAAAAUUGUGAGUAAAUACAUCUGAUAAAUAAUCGAUUCGAUAGCUUAUAGUUCAUUUACUCAAACAACAGCGUUAACGUAGUGUGUAACUGGCGUACACUUUACUUCCCCAUACAUUUUGUUGUUUCAGCUCUCAUCUUCUCCACAACAAAAUUUUCUCUGAGAUUCUACGAACGUAGCAUCUAAGGAUUGCUUAACUAUUUCGUUUGCCUUGUUUUUCUUUUAUUUGAUGUACUGUACGAUUCGUCACAUGUUCCCUUUUCCGUCAUACUCCAGGGUUCCGUACGCAUUUAUACUCAAGCGUAGUCUUCAAAAACACUGCUUAUUGUAGACACGCUAAAAUACAUAUAAAACGAUUUAUAUACAUUUAGAUAUCAUGCUAACAAGAAACUAAGCUCCUAACCACAUGUCAAAAGCUGUAGUGCAAACCAAACAAUUUAGCGAAUGUUCCUUGGAACUAUGGUUUCGAGGAAAAUUUGAAUCAUUGAACUUUGUUGAUGGCAACUGAACUUGUGACCAUAGUUGGCUAACGAUGCGGGAAACGCACCCUUGUUUGUUUGUAGCUGUCAAACACACAUAGUAGUUCAGUAAUAAUAGUACACUUCUAACUUAAUCGGUCCAUAGGAUACUCAAAGCAGGGACUAGAGCAAAGCACAAAAACUAUUCCUUGGCUCUCAGAACUUAAAUGUUCACUGUUAAAACUAGGUUUAAAAUACAAUCUGUUGUGGCACAAUCUUACUAAUCUUAUGAAUUAUAUAUUAAGUGUAAUGUAGUAUAUGAGUACUUUUAAGGGAUGAUUCACUCAAAAAUUUAAAAAUUUCUAGUAUUUUGAAGGAUGCUGUUAACCAAACAGUUGUCGGUAGCCAUUGUCUUCUAUACAAUGGAGAAAAAUACUAGAAGUGGAUGGCUACCGGCAGUUGUUUUGAACAUACAGAACACGUGAAUGAGUAAACGUUGACAAAAUGGGUGAACUAUCCCAUUAGUCAAGGUAAAAUGGUGGAUAUUAUGUUAAAAGGCACAAGAAUAAACUCUUGUGCAAAAAAGACUUUUGCAAAAUGGCCAUUAUGCAGUUUUCAGGGUGGUUUCAAUGCUCUGAUUUAUUUGGAUCAGAAGCAGAUGCACAUUGUAUGUUGGACUCCAUCUAUUAUCAGCUGGCACAGUAUGUGUUUUGAGAAAAUGAGCACUUGCUUAAGCUUUCUUUAUGUUAAGAGAGAAAAAAAUGUGAUGUUUAGUGAAUUCAUGAUUAGGUACGGUAAACAAUAUUCAUGUCUUACACAAAAAAAUAUGAUAUUAAAUUCAUGUUAAACUAAGUAUUGUCAGAAACCACAUGUAACAGUUGUGAGUAAUAAUAGACUGAACACAAUCAGCACAUUUCAUAGUCAGGUGACGUUCAAAAGAAAUUAUUCUUUGCUUAAGUCCUCGAGUAGAACAGCAAGAUAUUGUGAACUCAUGCCAGGAUGUCUUUAUAUUUCAAAACUUGUAGCAAAUCCUUGUGGGUUCGUGUGUGUAUAAUCUACUUUGGAUUUUUAUCAAGUGACGUAUGAGUGUUUUCUGUAACUAUAGUCAAAAAUAUUCCAAUUGAGAUAUUUUUAAUUCAGAUGUUAUAGGCUACUUUUUGUUUUUCUGAGUAGAUAUUUAUUUUUAUGCUGCUGGAAUAUAUAGUUGUACCUUUGCUGUCAGUGUAUUUUGAUUUGUAGACAAUUUGCACUGGGGCGUACAGUGAUUGUACAGUUGUGAAUGUUACUUUUAGAUGCAAUUUGUAACAAUAAAAGCACAAAUCACAUAUAAUAAUG